AUGAACGGCAUCGAUAUUCUCGAUUCAUCAUUCGCCUCAUUGGUCAUCAACAAUAAUAACAACAAUAAUAACAACAAUAACAACAACAAUAACAAUACACAUGAUGAUGACGACGAUGAUAUAUUACAUCAGCAAGAGAUGAUGAAUGACAAUGGCAGCAGCGACAGUACACAUACGACACCAUCAGCCUCACCAACAGCCUCACCAACGUCAAUGUCCUCAUCACUCUCAUUGUCAGAUUCUCAACUGUUGGACAACCUCAUCAACAAUGAUCAGCAACAGAGUCAUUCAAUCGAUCAAUUCCUAGUCUUCACUGAGAACAAGCUCACCAAGCUAAGUGAGUUGAACAUCUUCAUUGCCAAUAUACCAAGGAAUAUAACACCUGAACAAUUCAAUGCCAUCAUGUCCAAGUAUAAUCCAGUCUCCUGCAAACUCAAGGUUGAUGAAAGGAGUGGCAAGACAGUUGGCUAUGGCUUUGCAAGCUUUAAGACAAAGGAGGAAGCAUCCUUAGCCAAGAACAGUCUACAUCAGUCUAGAUACCUCAAUCAUGAGCUCAAAGCAUAUUGGGCAAUUCCAAUCACAACACUCUACGUUACCAAUCUCGAUCAGAACGUCGAUCAGAGACAGGUGUUGGAAAUGUUCAAAGUGUUUGGUGAGCUUGAUUACAAGGAGUGUAUAUUCGUUUGUAACUACGCCUUCAUUCGCUUCACUGAACGACAAUGUGCCGAGGAAGCGUUCACUGCCAUGCAUGGCAAGAUGAUUGGAACCAAAGCCAUCCGGAUCAGAUGGAGUGACUCCUGUGACCAGAGGACAAGUAUUCACAUCACCUUUGAUCCUGCAAAGGCCAAGCCUGGAUUACACAAGAGUAUAUUCACAAAGUGCAAGGACUUUGGAAAGAUCAAUCAUUACAACAUUCCAAAGAAGGAUAAUGAUGAGUAUGAGGGUUUCGGGUUCAUUCACUUCAAGGACAGCAUGAAGGGAGAGGCCGCCAGUGAGUCUGCCAUCAACUUUUUCAACGAGAAUGAGUUCAUGGGUCUAAAGAUCAACUGCUCCUUCUCAAAGAAGAAGAUCACCUGGUCCACCAAGCCCAACAGUAACAACAGUAACAACAGCAGUAGUAGUAGCCCCACCAAUGUUAACAACAGCGGUAGCAACAACAACACUAGUAGCAACAACAGCCACAAUAGCAACAAGGGCAUGAGCAGCAGCAAGAAGAGUGGAUACUCUCGUGGUCCAUCUCAUCCACAACCCCUCGAUCAGCCAAUCUCUGCCUCCAAGAGUCUGAAGGAGCUCAGCCAUCAGUCCCUCAACACUCAGAUACCUCCACAGCGAUUCGCCCAGGCCAACAGUACUGGCCAGCACCAAACCAAUCAGAGAUAUCAUGGAAUGCUUCAGACUGGGUACCAGGAGAACCAUCCUCCAUUCAACUCGCCACACUCAUCCUUCAUUGCACAGUACCAGCAGCCAUCACUUCAGCAGCAACAGCAUCACAUUCAUCCUCAACAGCAUCAACAACAACUGCAACAGCAGCAACACGUCCUUGGUAGUACCACGGCUACAUCUCCUGCUUUGCACUCUUCACACCAAUUGCCCGAUGCCUUCACGGGCAUCGGUGCAUUGACUCCGUUCAGCACGCACACAUCCUAUCCCUCGAACCAGCAUCCUCAGCAUCACCAGCAACAGCCACAGCCACAGCACCAACAUCAACACCCUCAACACUACCUCUCGUCCUCCAAUGCACCGGUUGUCGUCGUCUCACCGAUGAAACAAUCGCCCAUUGGUACCGAGUAUCAGAAGCAACAGUCUGUGUUGCCUCCAAUCGGUAGCAACAGCGGUGUCAUUGGCAGCAAUGUCAAGACGACACCGGCAGCUGGCUACCCUGUCUACGGCUUGGCGCGAGAGAAACAACAUCAACUCCAACAUCAUCAUCAUCAACAACAACAUCAUCCAAGCUCCAACAGCUUCCAGUCGACCCAACAGUCGGUUGGACAGGAGUAUUCACAACCACCUACUGGUGGUGUCAACGUGUUCAGUAAGGCCAAAGGCCAACACCAUCAACAUCAACAACAACAUCAUAGUCAUCACAAUCAUCACCAUCACAAUCACAAUAACCAGCAUCAUCAACAUCACCAACAUCACAACCAUCACGUCCAUCACCAGCCUCAGCAACAGCAGCAAUCGGUCGGUCCGCUUGUCCACCCGACCAGAGUCAACAGUGGCCACAUCACCUCCUCUCGUGAGAAGCAGCAACAACAGCAACAGAAGCAACAGCACCAGCAGCAGCACCAGAUUCUUUCUCAGUUUGGUCACUCAUUGUUCCCUCCCGUCUCUCCACCGUGGGAAACCACCACGACAGCGAUUGCAUCACCUGGCCAUCCACAUCACCAUCUGCAACAGCACCAGCAACAACAACAACAACCACAGCACACGUUCCAUACAUUCAUGGAUCAAGCCCAUAUCCCUUCGUUGGCGUCGUCGCCGUCUCCAUUGGCCUCGCCCUCGACUACACCACCUCUUCACAGCAAUCCCAUUUCACAUGAGAGCGAAUGGCAGGAGCUACAGCACCACAUCCAACUCGGACUAGGUCGCGAUAAUCUUCGCGAUCCCCAUCAGCAGCAACAACAUCAUCAGAUGUUUGUUGGUUCUCCUCAGUCCUCAUUAUUUGGCCAGACCCAGCAGCAUCAGCAGCAGCAACAGCAACAAACCUCUAUUCACUCGUCUGCCUUGCUUCAAAACUACCGCGGUCUUCCCGUUCCCUCCUCCUCGCCACCUCGCAGCUCUAUCAUUGAUCCGUACAACAACGCCACCAACGUCAACGUCCACAACAAAGGCAAUCACUUGAUGGCGUCUCCACGUAAUGGAGCGUCGUCAAUUACCUCGACACUCAACCGCCCACACACUGCCAACAUCUUUCAUUUCUAG